AUGCUUCCUCAAUUCCAUCGAACAGAGCACGUCUCUUUGUAUCAGAAACUGCCUUGCACCACCACCGUUCUCACCCGGUUUCCCGAUAUUCCGGCCAAGCCAAAAUUGAUUUCCCGUCAAACCCAGAUGGAAAAAGAGCCACUCCUCCCUUAUAUAAAUCCCAGAAGGUCUCAACCUUCACCACCACCGCCGUUCUCCCUUGCCCCUUUACCUGAAAACAAUGAAAUCACCAUCCCGCCUUUACCCCUCACCCCAUCAAAAGAACUGAAAGAUAGAUUCAUUUUUGGAUCCCCUUUAUUGUCAUCUUCCCCCUUGAAAGACUCUUCCUCUUCAAACCUUCUUGAUGCAUUAAGUGUGUCCUCUCCUAAGCCUACAAAGUCCAAUCUUGAUGAUGAAAGAUUUAAUCUUGAUCCGCAAAUAUCCAAUCUCGACGUGGGAAACCGGCAUUCUUGGUUGUUUGAUCCUAACUACUCAGUGCCCAAGAGUAAUCUCCACAGGUGUAAGACUGCACCGGCCAUGGCUUUCAUCAAUGAAUUCCAUCAUUUGCCAGUGUCGAAGCCACCCCAGUUUGGCAAAACACAAAUUGUAAGACAAGCUGUUGCGCUCUUGAUCAUAUACUUGAGUCUUGGUGUGUUUAUAUAUUCUUUUAAUAGGGAUGAUUUUAAGGGCACUGGGACUCACACUGUGGUUGACGGUUUGUAUUUUUGCAUUGUCACCAUGUGUACAAUUGGAUAUGGUGAUAUAACUCCUGAUAGUUCUGCAACCAAGUUGUUUUCCGUCAUGUUUGUGCUUGUGGGAUUUGGUUUUAUUGAUAUUUUGCUGUCUGGAAUGGUUAGUUAUGUGCUUGAUUUGCAAGAAAAUUAUCUUUUGAGGACCAUUAAGGGUAGGGGAUCACACGACCCUAGGUCUUAUAUAAUUGACGUGAAGAAGGGAAGAAUGAGGAUUCGGAUGAAAGUGGCAUUGGCAUUGGGAGUUGUGGUUCUUUGUAUUGGAAUUGGAGUUGCUGUUUUGCAUUUUGUCGAGAGGUUAAAUCUAGUUGAUUCAUUCUACAUGUCAGUCAUGUCGGUUACUACUGUUGGAUAUGGAGACAGGGCAUUUACUUCUUUGCCUGGUCGAAUUUUCGCAUCCGUUUGGUUGCUUCUAUCGACACUUGCUGUAGCUCGGGCAUUUCUUUAUUUGGCUGAAGCAAGGGUUGACAAACGACAUAGGAGAAUGACCAAGUGGGUGCUCGGUCAGGAUAUGACGGUUGCGCAGUUUCUUGCUGCAGACAUUGAUAAUAAUGGUUUUGUAAGGUAA